UUGGGUUUCAGUGGGGUCACACGUGACAACAUACAUGCCUGCAUGCCACAACACGGCACAACGCUGCGCCAGGAGACGCGGGGACCCCCAGAAACCCCCACAAAGCCCCAUAGUGGCACCCAGGAGCCAACGCGUGACUCCCACACGCGAUGACAUGCGAUCACAUGUGACGACACGCGUGACUACACGCCGCCGCGUGCAUGUGUAGCCCACAUGUGCUGUGCCAGAUUACAUGGGGACCCCCAGAAACCCCCACAAAGCCCCAUAGUGGCACCCAGGAGCCAACGCGUCGCCUCAACACGCGAUAACACGCGAUGACACGUGACGACAUACAUGACUACACGCCGCCGCGUGCGUGCGUAGCCCACAUGUGCUGUGCCAGAUUACAUGGGGACCCCCAGAAACCCCCACAAAGCCCCAUAGUGGCACCCAGGAGCCAACGCGUGACUCCCACACGCGAUGACACGCGAUCACAUGUGACGACACGCGUGACAACACGCCGCAACCCCGCACCAGAACACACGAGAAGCCCCGCAAACACCCGCCAAAGCCCCACAGUGGCACCGAGAAGCCAAUGCGCGGCUCCAACACGCAAGAACACGCAACCACACGUGACGACAUACAUGCCAACACGCCCCAACGCGUGACCAGGCGCCGUGAUACCGCAUCACAACACGCGACAGCACCCGCAGACGCCCACCACAGCCCCGUGGGCGCACCCGGGAGCCAACACGCCACCCCGACACGCGACAACACGCCCUAACAUGCGACCGCACGCGUGUUCCCUGCAGGUGAUCGCGUUUUCGCGCCGCCGUUACCGGAUCUUCGGUGAAACCUUGGACAUUGCAGUGGGGAACUGCUUGGAUCGCGUGGCUCGGCUCCUCCAGAUCUCCAACGAUCCCAGCCCCGGUUACAACGUGGAGCAGAUGGCCAAAAGGGGAACACGGCUGCUGGAGCUGCCCUACGUGGUGAAGGGGAUGGACGUGUCCUUCUCGGGGCUGCUCUCACACAUCGAGGUGAGCGCCGGCCCUUUAAGAGCCGCCCGGACCCCAUAAGGACCCCCUGACCCC